GGCGAGUCAUGUAAUCUUGCGAAAAUAUAUUCAAUUUUUGUUUUUCAUGAUUGCGCAAUAGCAGCAAAAUUUAACAGCAUUCUUUCCAUGCGUCAUUCUCCGGAGAUUCUCACCGUUUAAGGUACGUGUAGAACAUUUUCUUUUAUUCACUUUUAUUGUGAUUUAUCCGAGUUACACCGACUUACAUUUUGCUCUUUCGAUUGACUUUUUUACCCUCUGAUUCAUCCCGUGACUUUCUUAUCAAGCGGAAGAAACGUGCAGUGCGAUAACAACUGUUUAUAAACAGAACAUUUUAUAAAACGUUGUAGUUUGCAUCUUUUGCAACGUUGUAAUUAUUGGCUUCAUCCAACACAUCUUUCAACAUGUAUUUUAAAUCUGUGAUUGUUUUCCUAUGCUUUUAUGCAUGUGCACAUACAGUUUUUUCCGUAGUGAAUGAUCAGCCCGUGGUGAACACUCAGCCUGAGCAAGUGCAUUUAUCCUGUGGAAAUUCACCUACAGAGAUGAUGGUGACCUGGGUUACAAUGGAUCCAACGAACACUUCAACUGUAGAAUACGGACUGCGAAAAUUGGAUCACACACAAACAGGUACUGUGAGCAAAUUUGUUGAUGGUGGAUCUGAAGCCCGCGUGUUAUUUAUUCACAGAGUUUUAUUGACUGAUUUAAAGCCAAAUACAGAGUAUGUGUACCAUUGUGGUAGUGAUGAUGGCUGGAGUGCAAUUUUCUGGUUUACAACUCUAAAAACUGGCACCGACUGGAGUCCCAACUUUGCCAUUUUUGGGGACUUGGGAAAUGUUAAUGGACAAUCUAUUCCUCGUUUGCAAGAAGAAGUUCAGAAAAACCAUUUUGAUGUUUUAUUGCAUGUUGGUGAUAUUGCAUAUAAUAUGGACACAGACAAUGCUCGAGUUGGCGACGAAUUCAUGCGGCAGAUGGAGCCGAUUGCUGCAUAUGUACCUUAUAUGACUUGUGUUGGAAACCACGAGUAUGCUUAUAAUUUUUCGAAUUACGUUAACAGAUUUAGUAUGCUCAAUCAAGAAAGGGAAAUAAACAAUUUGUUCUAUAGUUUCGACGUGGGGCCAGCUCAUAUCAUAGCAUUUUCAACCGAGUUUUAUUUCUACGUUAAUUACGGCUGGACUCAAAUUGUACAUCAGUAUGAAUGGUUAGAAAAUGAGCUGAAAAAGGCUAACCUGCCAGAAAAUAGAGCUGAAAGACCAUGGAUAAUAACCAUGGGACAUAGACCUAUGUACUGCAGUACAGAUGAUAGUGAUGACUGCACCCACAAAGAAAGCAUUAUCCGUAAAGGUAUUCCUUUAUUAGGAGCAUUUGGCUUAGAAGACUUGUUCUAUAAAUAUGGAGUCGAUUUAGAGUUAUGGGCUCAUGAACAUGUGUAUGAAAGAAUGUGGCCUGUUUAUGACAGAAAGGUUUAUAAUGGAAGUCUUGAUGCUCCUUACACUAAUCCUAAAGCACCAGUCCAUAUUAUCACCGGAUCUGCAGGAUGCCAAGAAAAGCUUGAUCCAUUUGUUCCAAACCCCCCUCCGUGGAGUGCAGUGCGAAUUUCAGAUUAUGGUUUCACACGAAUGAAAAUUUACAAUAAAACCCAUUUGUAUAUGGAACAAGUAUCUGAUGAUCAGAAUGGGCGAGUUGUUGAUAAAAUGCUUCUUAUCAAAGAAAAGCAUGGACCUGAGGCUUGGUUGUAAAAAAAUGUAUUAUAUAAUUUAUUAUUUUGUAUUUUUAUUUUUAGUUGCAAAAAUUGUUUCUCUAUACUAAACAAGCUUUUGUGCUUACAAAAAAGAAUCUGGGAAUGUGUUAUGAAGUUUGAGUUUGAGAGUUAAAGAUAAGGGAACUUUUGAAGCAAAUUUAUUUUGUACUCUAUCCUUGGUUACAUUUGUUAUGCCUUUGUUACUUAAGUAAUGUAUUCUUGCAUGAAACUGUUUCAAGAAUAAACUUGUUAAUCCUAUACUAUUUGUUUUCUUUUUGUAAAUUUUGUUUUUAAUGUGCAAGAUAUAUUAUUUUGUUUCUCCUAAUAUAUAAUAAAUAUGUAUUAAUAAUCAAAUAGAAAAUAAAUUUACA